CAGUUUUUCUCUUUUUGUUUCACGAAAUAUAUUAUAACAGUGAAUUUAAAUUUGCAGGGAAAUGCAUCCGAAAAUAAAUGGUGGUGUGCAACCUUUUUGUGGUGAUGGUACAAAGCUAAGUGUGGUGUAAUCGUUGGAUUGUUAGAGGUACUGGAAGAGAGAGAGCUGAGGCAGAGAGUGGGGUUUGUUUUGUGCAGCAUGGCUUCCAAACGGCCGGCUGACGAGUCUGGCUCAGCUGGUCCCUCAGCCAAGAAAGCUAUGACUCGCAUCGAGUCCAUGAAGAUGGGUCCAAUUUACAAUCUGGAACAACUUGAUCUUAAGGUUCUAGUUUUUCAAAACAAGAAGUUGGCUGAGCGGAUAGAACAGAGAAAGAAGGCUGAGAAUGAACUACACAAACGAAUAGAGCAGCUGGAAAAUCGACAGCGAACAGAUGAUGCUGUGCUCAUGAUUGUUAACAGAUACUGGAAUCAGCUGGAUGAAGAUGUUCGAGUUCUUUUACAGAGAUUAGAUGCUGAGACAGCAGAUGAAACAGAAACAAAAAAUGAAAGCAAUGAAACUACGUCCUUCCUGGCCAUGUUGUCGACUUGGGACAAACAGGAGUUGGAGGAGACGCUCGGACAGAGAGUUGAGUUUUCCAAGCGUGCUAUUGGCAAACUCCUGCAAGCAUUUGAUCGCAUGUUACAACGCAAUGAAAAGCUACACAAAGCUCUGGAGAAUAAAGCUGAGAAAGAAAAAGAAGAUCUGCUUGGACAGGCAUUGAAGUCCGGACAAGAUUCUACAGUGAAGAAGGAGGAAAAUGAAGAUGAUGAGAAAAAAGAGGAAGAUGAGAGUGGGGAUGAGAAGAAGGACGAGGAGAAGGAUGAGAUUCAGAAGAAGCUGGCUGAGGUGGAGGACGUCGUGAAGAGUGAGCUGGCCGACCUGCGCAAGGAGAACAAGCAGAUGCACAACCUGGUGACCCAGCUCCACCAGAGACACCAUGACCACACACUGCGGAUUUCUCAGCUGCAGGACAAGGUGACGUCGACAGAGACGGAGAUUGCUGAGUUGAAGAACGAGCUCGAUGAUCUGCAGUAUCAGUUUGAGAAGGCUGACCAGCGAUGUGAGAAGCUCGACCGCCUCCUGGCCGACGCCUACAACACCAUCAGGACAUACAAGGAAACAACUGGUGCUAUCAGGGUGGAAGGUGUGAAGAGCAUUGGAGGAACCAGGCUGGAUGAAAUAUUUUCUGAGUUGGAAGAACAGCGUGAGCUGGCAACAAACCGACUGACAGAGUUGGAGAAAAUAAACAAAGAUCAUCAGGAAGCCAAGAAAGAAGUUGAAAAAUUAAAAAUGGAUCUUCUGCACCUGCCCGAGUUGGUGAUUGUGGAGACGACGGAGUACAAAUGUCUUCAGUCGAAGUUUUCUGUCCUCUACAACGAGAGUCUUACCAUGAAGACGCAGCUGGAGGAGGCUCGGAACCAGCUUCAGAACACCAAGAACACUCACCUCCGUCACAUCGAACAGAUGGAGAGCGAUGAGCUCCUGUGUCAGAAGAAACUGAGGUCGGAGAUGAUUCAGCUGGAAGACAUGCUAGCUCAAGUGAGGAAAGAAUACGAAAUGCUGCGCAUUGAAUUUGAACAGACACUAGCAGCCAAUGAACAAACAGGAACCAUCAAUCGAGAAAUGCGAAAUCUCAUCCAGAGUCUACAAAAUCACAACCAGCAGUUGAAAAUGGAGUCUGUUCGGUAUAAGCGGAGACUGAAGGAGGCACAAGCUGAUAUUGCUAAGUUGAAAGCUGAAGGAGCUGCAUCAUCAACAUCGGCCCCAUUGUUAGCAUCAUCGUCAUCGGAACCAAAAGAACAGAAGGAGGAGGCAGCGGUUGCCACCCCGGUUGAAACGCCCCCGAAGCUAGUUGAGCCCGAGGUGAUUGUUGUGAAGGACCGUGAUGAGUGUGAUGAGGUGGAACAUAAGGAGAAGGGCAGGAUGGAGAGCGAUGUCGUCAGGGAGCUCAGAGCUCAACUCAAGAAAGCCCAGGACAGCCAGAAGGAGCUGAAGCUGUUGUUAGACAUGUACAAAAGUGCCCCCAAGGAACAGCGAGACAAAGUGAUGCUAAUGGCAGGUGAGAGGAAAGCCAAGCAGGAGAUAGAAGAUUUGAAGAACCACAUUAAGAAAAUGCAGGAGACUGAGCGUAAGGAUCGCCGGAAACUGGCCGAGGACGAUGCAAUAAAGAAGAUAAAGAGAAUGGAGGAGAUUAUUACUGAUCUACAAAAACAUUUAGCAGCUCAGAAACAGAGGGAGGAGGCGCUGCUGAAUGACCUGGAGGUCACAGGUCAGGCGUUUGAGGACAUGCAGGAACAGAACACACGCUUGUUGCAGCAACUCCGAGAGAAAGAUGAUGCCAACUUUAAGCUGAUGUCCGAGAGGAUCAAAUCUAACCAGAUCCACAAGCUGCUGAGAGAGGAGAAAGACAUCCUAGUGGAGCAGGUGGCCACGCUACAGUUCCAGGUGGACGCCCAGAACCUCGUCGUUCGCAAACUGGAGGAGAAGGAGCGCAUCUUACAGAGCAACCUGUCGGCCCUGGAGAAAGAACUCAGUUUGACACAGCAAGCAAUGGACAUGUACAAGCGGAAGGCUGUGGAGAGUUCCCAGACAGCAGCUGAUCUGAAGCUCCACCUCGACAAAUACCAGGCCCAGCUCAAAGAGGCACAGGUGGCCGUGGCCGACAAAACGGGAUCCAUUGAACAGGAGUCCUACAAGUAUAAGAGAACACAGGAGGAGAUUGCUAAAUUAAUGCGGAAGCUGGAGCGAAGUAAAAAGAUUGAGAUGGCUGGGGCUGCUGAUGAGGUUCUGUUGGAGGAAAUUAAAGAAUACAAGGAACAACUUACCUGUCCAUCUUGUAAAGUGAACAAGAAAGAUGCUGUACUGACCAAAUGUUUCCAUGUGUUUUGUCUCGAGUGCUUGAGGACACGGUAUGAAACCAGGCAGAGAAAGUGUCCAAAGUGUAACGCUGGUUUUGGAGCCAAUGACUUUCACAGACUUUAUAUAGGAUGAUGCUUAAUGUGUAUUAAUUUUAAACAACAAAUCAUGUGGCUUAAACACAAUGUAAAAACACUAUUUAUUUCAGUUUGGUAUAAUUGGGACCGAUCAGCAGGCAAAACCUUAUGUUAGAUUCAUUGAGUGUUUCUUAACCCUUUCAUCGCGUGAUGGCACACAGAGUGUGUCAAUUUGAUAAACAUGUGAUGUUGUGCUGCACACCACUAUUUCUUUGACAUCUUGGAAAGGCUCCGUUAAUUAUGUCAUUCCAGCACAGACACGAAAAGGUUAACAGCUGACAACAGUCGAAAGAAGAAAGAGUUGAAGCAAACAAAAAGGCAUUCAUUGUUUUAUUGUAGUUUUUUUAAACAAUAUUUACUGACGUUUGUAUUAACGUUGGGGAUUGACCAACAGGCGAUGUCUAUAUUAAGGUUGGUUGGCUGAGAUUAUAUUACCGGUAGUGUGCAUCAGGCAGGAGAGGAUAUUUUGUUGACUGAAAUUAUCUGAUAUGUUCUUCUUGUUGACCGUGUGCAGAGAUCUAGACUUCUUGUGACCAUGUAUGAGAAAAAGAGUACUGAUGAGGUAUUAUGUCAUUCAUAGUAAAGUCAUUCAUAGUAAACAUUGUUUAAAAUGACAUCAUGAGGAAGUUCAAUGUGUGACACAUGUAGGGCACCUGUUUGUUGGAAAUAAUAGAAAUAUUACAAGCAUUUUAUAUGUUACAUCAAAAGGAAAAGUGUUUUUAUUUUAUUAAUUGAUGUCCAUCUUUACUAAUGUAGUCUGUGCCUAGCAUGGGGAAAGUUUAGAUGGGGUGUGCUGGCGUAACACUGGGCUUUUCCCUCCGACAGUCGUGUAGAUAGCCAGCACUCAUUAGCCGAGGCUAUAAACACAAUGUGUGUAUGGUAGACAACUGAAACGGAGUGCUGCAUCAGGUACAGUACAAACAAGGUGGUCGGCAGUACAAAUCAAAAGAGGAGAACUAGCGGUCAGACCGAGCGGAAACUGUUAAAACAGCCUUGUGUAUUAUAUUAUAGAUUCUAAAUCUCUUUACACUCAGACUCUAUUGAAAUAAUGACAACUCUUAUCAUAAUAACAGGUUCAAGAUUCCAGUGUAUCACAUAUCAUUGAGCUGAAAUAUGUUGUCAACACUGACUAUUAAAAAAAAAAAAGUGAAAAUAACUUUUUGUUUUUUUCCUUGUCUGUAUGCUGUUAGUAUAUAUGGCCAGUGAAUAUACAUAGUUUUGAGAUGAGAGAUGUUGAAGGAAGACUGGAGCUGUGUCAAGUACCAACAAAACUUUAGUACAUUUGUCAUGUAUCAUUAUAAAUACACACAUAUACAUACACCAGUACUUAAAAGUGUCUUAAGUAUUUAUGACUUUUUUUCAUUGCUUGUCAGUUGCAUUUCAAUUUUCACUGAAGUCUAGAAAUAAUAUUAAGUUUCACAAAAUGGUUAAUUUUUUUUAGAGUGAUUACAUUUUUUUUUUUUUUUUAUGAUAGUGUUUGUCACAUGGAAAUGCAUUUGUACAUAUGUUUGAAUGUAUGAAUGAUGAUCAUCAAAAUAUAGAUGCAACUAUUUGACAUCCUGUGGUUUACAUGGUGUUAAUGCAGUUCGACCUUAAUAAAAUAAAGUGUAUACUAUUACAUAUUUCAAAUCAACUGCCUUGUACACUACACAACAGUGAUGUUCUAAUUAAUAAAAUUUGUCAAGCAUAACAUGCUUUAAUCAAUUAAUGAAGUGCAAGUUUAGGAUCAAAUAAAACUGAGUUACUUCCCUUACUGUUUAAUGUUCUAAUAAAUAGAACUUUACAGUUAUAUUCAUUUUAUAUUUCCACUUAUCCAGUGAUUGGCAGCAGUUCAUUAUUUAACAAACCAGACUUUCGAUGCUGCUCUUUAAUUUGUAUUUUCAUAAGAAAAUACAAGACUUAAAUAUAUAAACAUUUUGUCCAAACAAAUUUUUAUUUUUCAUUUGAUCUCUUAAUCUUUAUGUAUUAUUUAAUAGUGUGUGUGUAUGUAUAUGUACGUGUAUAUGUAUAUGUAUAUGUUAUAUAAAAUACCAGUGAUUAUUAAUUAAUGCUGACUUGUCGCAAAAUUUUAUACGCUUACUAACACUACUAUGCAUUCAAAAAAUAUUGAUCAUUGGAACAACCAGAUUUCAAAAUUAAUAUGUUCUCUUUUGUUCACUCUAUCAAACAUUGGGUUGCCAUAUAUCCAUCUGUUUAGACAAAAUAGUAAUCAAAGUCACUGCAAUGAAUCAUAGAAUGAGAAACCCCUGACCAGUAUGUCAUACUGUACCAUUGUACUUAGUGUUUCAUGGCACAGCACAGGUAUAAACGAUUGUUGAGCCCAAAUGAUUUUCUCUGACAACACAUGAAAUGAAAUCACCAAUUUUCUUUCCUCUUUACAAAGUAAAUAGGCAAGAUAUAUGUACCAGUAUUCUUUUUCUGGUGGGGAUUGUGUUAACUUUUGUGUUUAAAUUUCACUUUGAGUUCCAUUUCUCACAAACUUUAAGUCCUAGGUCAAUGACACCUGGUUUCAUAGAUGUUCAUUACAGUGUAUAUGAAAAAGAGAGAAUUAAAUACAAAAUUUAAUUGAAUUUUUAUUUAUUUAAAAAAAAAAAGUUAUUUAUUUGUUAAAUUUUUAUUGAGAUGAACAUAUGGAUGCAGCCGUGGAAUACGUUUGUGGUAAGCGAGACAUUAAAUGCAGCAGAAUUCUUGUUAAAUAUUAUAUGGGCUGUUUCAGAUGUAAUGCUUAAAAUGUCUGGAAAUAAAAAUAUUAUUUUACUUAGAUUCCUCAAAUCGCCUCAGUCACCUGUCUCUGUAAUGCAAUGGUUAAAUCUCUGGGUUUAGGUUGGUGUACCUAAGUGACUGACCUUGGUAAUACUGUGGUUAAAUCUCUGGGUUUAGGUUGGUGUACCUAAGUGACUGACCUUGGUAAUACUGUGGUUAAAUCUCUGGGUUUAGGUUGGUGUACCUAAGUGACUGACCUUGGUAAUACUGUGGUUAAAUCUCUGGGUUUAGGUUGGUGUACCUAAGUGACUGACCUUGGUAAUACUGUGGUUAAAUCUCUGGGUUUAGGUUGGUGUACCUAAGUGACUGACCUUGGUAAUACUGUGGUUAAAUCUCUGGGUUUAGGUUGGUGUACGUAGAGUGAAUACAUUCCUCAGCAAGGUUAUUGACUUCUUUCUCAUCAAAAGCUAACCAUUAACAAUUACUGUCCUCGACAGAUAGAAUCCAGAUAGCUGACGGACCCAUAUUUUCAAAGCUAUCUUAGCACUAUAGUAUGUAAAGCUAUCAUAGACUGGCAUGUGUCGUAGUUACGUCAUAGCCUACGAUGGUUUUAUGAUAUUGUAGGGCUAAAAUAGCUUGGAAAAUCGGUGGUCUGGACAGCAUGCUUGAACUACAAGUAAAUAUAAAACCAAAAAUCUAUAAUAUAGUUCUGCAAGUUGAUGUAAAGCUUGUCUCCAUAUGUGAUUAGAUGUGUAUAUUGUGUGGAUGUGAUGGAACAAAUGUGGCUACUGUUAAAAUGUGCUUUUUGUGUUUGUAACAUUGUGUGUGGUGCGGUAGGUGAAACCGAAGCAGCAUGGUAUUUCAGCAAUAAAGUAAAAUUGAACAUAAAAAA